AUGUCCCAUGCCCAGCCUCAACUCCACGACUCAGAAGAGUAUCCCCGUCCCGAUUUCCAGCGCACCGGCUCUCGCUGGCUGUCGCUUAAUGGCCCCUGGGACUUUCUCUUCGACGACGACGACGUCGGCCUAGGCCAGCGCUGGCAGCACUCCGGCCUGCCCACCGAAGUCGCCGUCAAGAAGACGCUGCUCACAGAAGAGAGCGAGUCGCAGGACCAAUCGGAAAGCGACGCCAUCACGCAGCGCAUCGCCGCCGGCACGCAGGACCUGCUCAAGAACAACGUCUUCACGUCGUCGGCCGCCGUCAACCACAAGCGCCCCAUCACGGUGCCCUUUGUGUUCCAGUGCCCGGCCUCGGGCAUCAACGAGCGCGGCAUCCACCAAGUGCUCUGGUACGAGCGGCUCAUCUCGGACCUGCGCAACGCCAGCGAGCGGGAUGAAGGCCGGCGGGUGCUGCUCCGGUUCGGCGCCGUGGACUACGAGGCGUCUGUUUGGCUCGACGGCAGCCUCAUCGGCAGCCACCGCGGAGGCCACGUCCCCUUCCAGCUGGACGUGACUGCCGUCCUGGACGCACAGAACCAGAGCUCCGACGGGCAUCGGCUGACGGUCCGCGUCUAUGACUCGGCCCACGACCUGACGCAGCCGCGGGGCAAGCAGUACUGGGGCGCACAGCCCGAGAGCAUCUUCUACACGCCGUCGGGAGGCAUCUGGCAGUCGGUGUGGCUGGAGACGGUGCCGGCGGCCCGAAUUGCGGACAGCAGCCACGGCACCGUGAUUCGGUCGAAUGACGUGCACGCGGGAGACGUCCAUUUCGACAUUGCGGCACAGGGCUUGCAGGCGGGCCACCGAUAUGUCGUUGAGGCAGACGUCAGCUUUGCAGGCCAGCUGGUCUCCAAGUCCCCCCGGGUGGACGUCAAGGAGGCAUCGGGCAAGUUUAGUCUGAGCGCCCGUCUGUCAGAGCAAAACAUUUCUGGCCUCGCCGAGUCGGUACUCCAAAGUGCACCUUUGGAUGAUUCUUCCUGCUGGCGGGACGGCGUCGCUCUCUGGUCGCCGGAGCAUCCCCAGCUGUACGACCUCUCGGUCAGGCUCUUCGACUCCUUCUCGGGAAGGCAGGUGGACGAAAUCAAGACAAUCACGGGCAUGCGGUCAAUCAAGUGGUCCGACGGUCUGUGGCGGCUCAACGACGCUCCUUACUUCCAGAUGCUGAACCUGGACCAAGGCUACUGGCCAAACUCCUUCCUGACCCCCGAAUCCUCUGACAGUUUGGAGGUGGACAUUGACUGCGCCAAGAAGAUGGGCUUCAACGGGUGUCGAAAGCAUCAAAAGGUGGAGGAUCCGCGCUUCUACUACUGGGCAGACCGCAAGGGAUAUCUGGUCUGGGGCGAGAUGGCGAGUGCCUACCAGUUCAGCCGCGAAUAUGUCGAUCGGUUCAACCAGGAAUGGACGGAAUCGGUCAAGCUGGCAAUCAACCAUCCGUCGGUGGUGACUUGGACGCUGGUGAAUGAGAGCUGGGCGUAUACGUCGCUCAAGGACGACGUCGAGCAGCGCAACCACAUUCGGGCUCUAUACUAUUUGACCAAGACUCUGGAUCCCACACGCAGCAUCAACGACAACUGCGGCUGGGAACACGUCUGCACCGACCUCACCACCUUCCACGACUACAGCGACGCCCCCGAGCUGGAAAAGACUUGCGCAAGCCUCGACGCCAUUCUCGGCCCCAAAGCCGGGCGCAACAUGUUUGUCGGCGAAAUCGCAAACGUCGACGCCGGCGCUCGCCACAGCCCGACGGCGCCCAUCAUCUGCACCGAGCUUGGCGGAAUCAACAUUGCGCUGGCCAACAAGGAUGCCGAUGGCGAGGAAGCGUCUCGCGACUGGGGCUACACCACCGCCACGGAUCCAGAGGACCUCUUGAAGAGGAUAGAGAGGAUGGUCAGGGGCGUUGCUGGAGGCGGGCAUUGCUGCGGGUUUGUUUGGACACAAUUGACGGAUAUCGAGCAGGAGACGAAUGGGCUUUACACGCAGAGUCGGGUCGAGAAGCUGGAUGCGGCAAAGGUGAAGGCGGUUUUUGAGGAGGCGGCACGGAUCUUUUACAAGAGGGUUAAUGCGUGA